GAAGUGAAGAAUGAAAUGUCAAAAGUUGGAGAUGCACAUUACUGCUUCAGACUCCGAGGAUGUUCCUUUGAACACGAACAUUGCAAAGCUUCAGUGUUUAUGUCUGAACGCGGGCUCAGUAUUUUCCGGCCAAUACCGAGCUGCCAUUCGGACGUAAAGUCGACAAGACAUUGUGCCCAGGGGCUUCUGAAUUCUUAAUCCGUAGUUGCCAUUUCUCUUGGUGUCCCGACUGCAUCAAUAUGAAGCCUGUGAUCAAAAAGGGGGAGUCUAAUACUGAACAGGAGUGUUCUUCACAGACCCCUGGUAAAAAAUUCAGCUGUAAGCUGUGUGGCAAGGAGUUCGGCCGCAGCACACAUCUGGCAUGUCACAUGCGAAUACACACGGGAGAGGCUCCGUUCAUUUGUGAACUCUGUGGGAGAGGGUUUCGUCGUGCGGAAUGGCUUAAAAUGCACAACACCAUUCACACAGGUCAGAAACGAAAGAGCGUGAAGAGCUUCAGUUGCGAUCAGUGUGGGAAGAAAUUUAGUGGCUCCACCGCACUCCAAAGUCAUUUGUAUAAACACAGAGGCGAGAGGCCGUUCGCCUGCGCGUACUGCGACAAGACGUUCUUCAGUCAGACCAAUCUUAAUCGGCACCACACAGAUUGUCAUUCUGAAAAACAGUUCUGUUGCCCCCUGUGUGGAAUCGGAUUCUCACGCCGCACGACGCUGCAGAAACACAUGCGGAUUCACACUGGAGAGAGGCCUUUCUCCUGUCCAGACUGUGGAAAGACUUUUCCUUAUAAAUACUCCUUGGAUAUGCAUUCUAAACUUCACUCAGCCAAAAGUUGAUGUGAUGCACAUUCAUGCAUCACUUGAAUUUAUGAUAGUCUACUGUUUAUUCUUAUUUGUUUUCAGCUAUAUCCUUCUUAUAUUGACUGUUUGUACCUGCAUGAUGCCAAUAAAAAGCAUUAUUACAGUACUAAAGACAGUUAUAGUAAAUCACAUUGACAUAUAAGCAUAUAACCUUUCAGUCUCAUAUUUCAAGAAAAACAGUGGUUUCACAAUAAAUUGUGUAAGGUUGCAUGUACAAAACACUCAAAAUGUAUAAUCAUACAGUGUAAGGCAUGAUUGAUCUCUGCAAGUUCAAAUUUUGUGGCAGUCAAUCAAACAAUCAUAUUCUUGUACAAACCCAAUUCCAAAAAGGUUGGGACACUGUACAAAUUGUGAAUAAAAAAGGAAUGCAAUAA